AUUGCCAUAGCAGCGGGAAGUUGGUUUGGUUCCGCGUCCAAACGAUGGACAGCCCGAGCCGAGUAUUCGCUGCGAUACAACCGGCAGCGGCUCGUGAGUUCGCCGGUUACGAAAGGGAGCAGGGGCUGGAAGUACGAGCAGCUCACCGGCCGACUCCGAAUAACCGUGUGAGGGAGGUCCAGGUCACGGGGACCGCGGAGGUCUGUUGCCCGGCGGACCGAGUCUCUGUCCGGGUCAGCGUGGCCAACAGCAAGGAGUCCGUGGACGAGGUCACCAGCAGCGUUUCCCGGCGACUCGAGUACAUCUUGCAGGCUCUCAGACAACAUGGCAUCAGUGACAAAGACGCCUCAGUGAGGAGGUUUCUCCACAGAGAGGCGGACCUAUAUCGCAUGGACGCAGAGGUCGUGGUCACCUUUUCAGAUUUUGAGAAGAUGGAGCAAGUAUGUCGCGUACUGCUGGAGAAGCUGGACAAGAGUGUCUGUGUGGGAAGGCCACAGUUUCACCACAGUGCGGGAUGCCUGAGUCAGAUGAGAAGGCGAGUGUGUGUAUGCGCAGUUGAAAACGCUCAGCAGAAGGCCAGCGACAUCAGCCAGCUCCUGGGACAAAGCCUGGGUCCCCCCUUACUGGUCAGAGAGGAGGAGACCAGGGAGUGGAGGAACGAGGAGGAGGAAGAGCAUGGAGGCAGAGGGCAGGGCGCUGCACCCACAAUCAACGCCUCCUCGCGGGUGUCCGUCUCCUUCAGCCUCAGAGACAGGAGCAGGAAAAAACUCUAAAGAUGUUUUGUCGUUGGCUCAUGAAACCAAAGAGCUGAUCGUCACAGUUUAAAACAUUUUAUUGCAUAGUUGCAGCCGAUUUAAAGUGCAGUGCUUCAAGGAUCAUUGGAUCUCAGCCAACACUGUCAUGAAAAUUGACAUAAUAUAUAUACACACAUACAGCUGAUUUUCUGAAAAAAUUGUCAUUGUAAAGCAUUCAUCAGGAUUAGCGUAAAUGUGCCAACCAUUCAAGUCCGUCUCCAAACAGUUACAUUCAACAUUUACUCUUCAUAAAACCUGACUGCCAGUUCAGUAUGUGUCCAGAGGACACCACAGAAGGAAGGAAAAUAAGUCGUAAGUCUGAUGGAUCUUUCGGGAAGGGAGCACUCAGGCAUCAUUGGCGUCAUCUUCAGGAAAGCGCUCUCUCAGCCAGGGCUGCAUGAUGAACCGCUCCCCAUCAAAAUGAGUGAAGUAAUUGUCCAAAGUGGGAAUGUUGGGCUAAAAACAUCCAAAAGUGAGUCAAAGCCAUAAUUAGUGGAAGUAAUUGUGAAUGCGUGCUGUGAUUUUUUUUCCAGUACUUACCCUCAUCCCAGUGAUGCGCUGCAGUUGUGUUUGAGGCAGGUAUGCCACCAACAGAGAUGUGGGUCCAGGCCCGCUGAACAGUACCUUGUAAUGAGGCGUCUUCUCUGCUUUGAUGCCCUACAUGCACACACACAGUCACAGAACUGGCUGAGUUUUAAGGUUCCAACACUUAAAACACUUGAGUUUGUAAAACAGCACAUUGGUGAAGAGGGGAUCCAGGUUGUUGAGGCUGCUAACCUCAGGACUGGAAGACAUCCUGUCGACCCACUCUGGUGGGGCUCGCAGUUCAGGGUCCCAGCUCACCACCACACCAACCAUGUGGCCUUUCCGCUCCAUCACCACGUCUCCGACCCGUAGAAACACAUACGGAGGGCGAGGACUUCGCACCGUGUUGGAUGCUGCAGGAACGAAGAAAGAAAAAAGAUUGAAUGGUUUGAGACAAAUUUACUUUUCACAGGAACAUGUUUUUUUAAUCACUGGAUCCACAUUGCAACACUGCAAAGUGUCUUGGGUAUAUCGUUGGCUUAGAGAUUAAUCUUAGAUUUUUUCCAAAUAUGUCUUUACAUAUGUACAUUUACAAACCUCCAAAGAAGCCCUGGUCAUUGUCAUAAAGCAUGGUCUCUACAGGAGGCCGCUCCUGUGUCACUUCCUGUUCCAGGCCAACCAGAGAGCUUUGGAAAGCAGAAAUGUUGUUGACGUGAAAAGGAGUUUGUGUCCAACAAGAACUUGAAACAUUGGUGAUCACUUCAAGCGUUUAAAUAAAAAUGAUUAAAGUGAA